AUGCAUCUGUUGACAACGCCCCUUCUGUACCGCAUCCUCUCUUUCCAGACCAGUCCGGAGCGCACCCGGAUAGUGGGCAUUAUUCUCUCCCUCCUAUUCACUGUUGUGAUGGUCGUGCACAUGGUCAUGGAUGAAUUCCUCCUUCACGCCGUUACCUUCGGCACGGCGGUCUAUUUGAUCGCAACACGUACGCUCAAGAUCAUCCCCCGACUAAUCCCCGACCCGGUAACCCGGAAAAACAUUCAAAGCGUAGCGCUCUUUGGAUGUGCGAGCUUUAUCUUUGGUUACCUGGUGUGGUUGAUUGACGAAUGGGCCUGUCGGGUUUUGACCAAAACAAGGCAAGCCGUUGGUUUGCCCUUGGCGUUUCUGUGGCAUGUCUUCACUGCAAUUGGCGGCUAUAUUGCUGUCGCGAUUAUCGACCUGUUGACAUCGGGCGAAGUGCGCAACGAUUCCACAGAGCACCUUGCCUGGCCCAUUCCUGUUAUCGCGAGGUUGACGGCAAGAGGAAACGGCUUGGCUCGGAAAGACAAAUAA